GCCCCCUCCGCGCAGGUGCGUCUCAUUAAAAAGCUGCGAAAGCGCAAUAAUGGCGUCUGUCCGUCUGAAGAGAAGGCGCCAAACCUGCACCGCAGAAAAAGACAUGUCAUCGAGUGGCGUGGAAACGGCAGCUCAGAGCCCGCUGCUCUCCUCCAGCUUCCGCUUCGGCCCGUGGUCGUGUGUGUGUGCCAAAGGUUGGUCGGCCGCCGCGUGGAACGGCCUCCCUGACCCGCUGCUGGCCGCCUCCUCCGGAUGCUCCACCCCUGAGCCGUGGCUCCUCCCUGGCUGCAGCUACGUCUACGACAGCCUGGUCAGUAACAUGUCUCCAGUCUCGUCUCCUCCUCCUCCUGUGAGCGGCGUCCGUGGCCGAGAGAGAGCGUCCAGCAGCAAAACUCGCAGGCCGUCCAUCCUGGAGCGCUGCAUCCUCAAAGUGUCCACCAGCAGCGUGGCUGUGGGGACGGACGAUUUGGACAACAGGAGGUCCCCCUUCGGUCGCUCUUUCCCUCGCCACAUGGAUCUAGCCAACACCGAGACCAACGAGGCGGUUCUGAAGCGGCGGCAGAAACAGAUCCACUACGGCAAGAUCACCAGCGGUUACCAGAACUACCUGCAGCAGGUCCCCAAACACUUGCGGGACCCUAAGCUCCACCCCUCCACACCCAACAUGUACAGGAAGUACAGCCGGCGCUCCUGGGACAUGCAGGUGCGUCUGUGGAGGCGGGCACUGCACCUGUGGGACCCUCCCAACAACCAGCCAGACGCCUUCGACUCAGACGACCCUGUGGCGCAACUGCAGAGCCAGCUGGCAAAGAUGACCUCUGGCCUGUGUGAGGACAUAGGAGACAAGCAGAGAGAGAAGGAGACUCCGGCAGCUUCUGAAGCCUCCUCUGUGUCUCCUCUGUCGACUGGGACGUCACUGGACAUGCCUGGACCAUGGGGUGUCCCGUUCUCCCCGGAGGUGGAGUCUAACCACCGGACUCUCCACUUUCCCCCUGGCCUGCGCUCCCUCAGGAGUCACCUGAGCUCCAGGGACAACAUGACCGACUGGCUCCGCCUCCUCUUGGAGGCUGACCACACCCAUGAUUUGGGCUUGGACGACCAGCAGGUACCCGUGUUCUCCGACCACCUCUCCUGGAACCCGUACUGAUGGUCGCCGCUUCUCCACCGGUUUGAAAACGACGCGGUUCUAGUCGGAGCCGCGUCCCUCGCCAGUCGUCGACUGGACUGGACUUGGUGAUCUUGUUUGACAUCCCGUGUGUGUGUGUGUGCGUGCGUGCGUGCGUUUCCCAGUGCGUUCGUCUUUUUAAGAUCUCUAAAGAGUUACUAUAGCGACAGCAGGGAUGUGACUGUUCCCUGACUACAGUUGCAUUCACUCCUCCGGUGUGAGAGGGGGCAGCACUGAGUGUGGUUUCCUCUUUUUUUUGCACAUUAUCUACAGUUUUUCUUCUCGUUGUUGUUGUUGUUGUUGUUGUUGUUGUUGUUGCACGUCUCACCUGUGUACUGUUGGAGUUUGUUUCUUUUCCUUCACUCGUGAAAAUCACUUAUUUUGAGUAAAGUUCAUCACGCCGUCACCGUCAUGCUCCGCCCGCUGCUCCUCGUCCCCGCCGCUGUGUUUUUUUCUAAAAAAAACAACCCCUUGCUUGUUGGAGGUGAGAAGCUGCCACUUUGUGUUGUGAGUUUACUUUUAUACUCUUUGUGUUUUUUGUCGACUUGUGCUGCUCAAAAAAAAUGGAGAGCAAAGUUUGAACGAUGUGAUUAAUAAAGAUGUAAAUAAAGUGUCAUGGAAUAAAACGGACGUGGUUGUGUUU